AUGUUUUUAAUUAAAAAAAGAAAUAUUCAUUUUUUUAAUAUUAUUUCUACAUCAAAUAUUUUAAGUAAAAGUUUUAUAAAUACAAGAAAUAAUUUUAAAUUCCUAAAAAGGCAUUUUUCAAGUAAAAAUUUUUAUGAUAUAUUAAAUGUUAAAAAAACUAGUAGCAAAAAUGAAAUAAAACAAGCAUAUAGAAAAUUGGCGUUAAAAUAUCAUCCUGAUAGAAAUCCAAAUAAUAGAAAAGAAUCAGAAAAAAAAUUCCGCGAAAUAACAGAAGCUUAUGAAACUUUAAGUGAUGACAAUAAGAAAAGAAUUUAUGAUAGUCAAUUAAAUAAUGGAUUUUAUUCUAACAGCUUUAAUAAUUAUUCAAAUGCAACUAAUAAUAUGAAUUAUAAUUAUCAAACUAGGAGAAUGAGUGAUGAAGAAAUAGAAAAUGUUUUUAAAAAUGUAUUUGGAAAUAUUAACUUAAACGAUAUUUUUAAAUCUAAUAUUUUUAAUGAAAAUAACUUUAGAACUAGAACAAUGCAAAAUGACAUUUUUAGUAAUUUAGGAUCAUUUGAAUCCUAUGGGAAUAAUAACAGUGAAAAUAUCAAACAAACAAAUAUAAAGACAGAAAUAAUACCAAAAGGAAAUAAAAUAAUUGAAAAAACUACUAAAAUUAUUACAUAUAAAGAUGGGAAAGUAAAACAAGAAAUAAUAGAAAGAGAAAUAAAUAAUAAUAGUAAAGAAUUUGAAGACUUCUUUGACUUUGAUUUUUUAAAAAACAAUUUAUAUAAUUUGAACAAUAUAAAUAAUAGGAAUAGUGCAUAUAAUAACAAAAUAUUUAAUAGAACGAUAAAAGAUUAUAAACAAAAUAAUGUAACAAAAUAUAUUUUAAAUUAUUUUUAUGGUAUUCUUUCUAUUGCAACUAGAAGAUUUUUUGUUAAUCUGAUUUUACAAUUGAUUAGAAAAGUAAUACAAACUAUCAUUUUUAUUUUAAAAAAAAAAUGA